GCUGAUUGCCGCGAACGAUGCGAGUUGUUAAUGAAAUUUUGUAAAUAGCUCGUUGAAUUUGUAAUAUGAAUUAAACGAAAAUGUCGGAACGCUGUCGUACCUGUGGCAAGAUUAUUUUUUGUCUGAAUCUCAACAAUCUAUUUCGACAAACUGAAAGCAUUAUGCUCCAUCAAAUUGAGGCUUUAACGGGUAUUUUUUUGCUCGAGCAGAUGGAAUUUCCUGUGCAUAUUUGUGCACCUUGCGAAGUGGCGUUGCGAAAUGCAAUCGUGUUCCGUGAGCGCGUAAUAAGGACUCAAAAGCUGCUCUUGAACAGCCAAAGCGUCGAGGAUGCCCUGCAAAAAAUUGACUUGGAUGAAUUGGAGAAUCUAAACCUGAAUGUGUGUGACGAGGAUGAUGAUGCUGAUCCAUCCAACAGGUAUGAGGAAAGCCCCGACUAUGAUUAUGGAGCGGAUGAAAACGAAACUGAUACAUUAGAGCAGCAGCAGCAGGAAGCGAAUGAUGAAUUGUCAUUGAAUGAGGGUCAAUCAGAUUCAGAGUCUGUUCCGCAUAUAGAGACUGAUGAGCCAAUUGCAGAAUCUGCUGCGACUGCAGCUGCUAGUGCUCCAGUGCAAUCUGUGGAACGCAAACGGAAACUGUAUGCAGCUCUGAAUUUUGCAAUCGAUACGAGGAACACUCCCCGCAUCAACUGGAGCAAGUUGACGGAGGAUGAGAUAGUGACGCUUAAACGUGAGCGACGCCGGCGUGACUGCAUCUGUGAGCUGUGUGGCAGGCACUUCACGUGCCCCAGCAACUUUAAAGUGCAUCUGCUACGACACAGCGGCGUGAAAAGCUUCUCCUGUAAGCAAUGUCCCCUAAAGUUCUACACGCCACACCUGUUGCGGCGCCACGAAUUGGCGCAUCUAUGCGAGAAACCCUAUCCCUGUCACUAUUGCGAACAAACAUUUGCCGAUCACAGCGGACGCAUUCAGCACGAGCGCAAUCGCCACACAAAUUAUCGGCCAUACAAGUGCAGCAAGUGCGACAAGUCCUUUGCGGUGAGCAAUAAGCUGAAGCGGCACAUGUUCAGCCAUUCCGGAGUGCGUAGUUUCCACUGUGAAAUAUGCAAGGUGUCCUUUAUGCGACGCCCCCAUUUGGCUGCCCAUAUUCGAUCCAAGGGACACGAGCAGAAUGCACAAAACUACGCUGAUAUGUCUAAUAAUGUGGAAAUCGAUAUAGAAAAAGUACUGUCAUAAAAUCACUUCCUAUGCGUACAUAAUAGUUUGUAAGCUGAUUUAAAUGUAAGUUUUUAGAGAAAAUAAAAUAUUUGUUUUAAAUGAGCAUCAUGA